AGAGUGUGAACGCAGAAGAAGUAAUGAAGAGAAGAGAGUAAUGGCUGUGCUACAGAUUUCAGAUGUGAUGUUCUUGUGUGUUUUUCUGCUCUGCGCUGGACUUCACUUCACAACAGGUACAUCUGAACAACAAUAUGAGCUGCACAGAAGAUUUGGUUUCACGAAAUAUCAGCUGUUCUCCAGGAGAGUCUGUGCUGCUGCACUGCAGAGAUGAAAACUCAAAGCAUAAAGACGUCCAGUGGCAGCGCACAGAUAUACAAGAAAAACAAAACCCAGUGAGCGUCAAGGAUCAGCGAUAUAAAGACAGAGUUCAGAUUCACGGGAAUCUCUCACUGUCCAUCACUCGACUGACUGUAGACGACGCAGGAUCAUAUUGGUGUAAUUCCGUCAAGCAGGUUGAUCUACUCAUUGAAGGUUGCUCUCUAUCAGCGAAUGAAGCAUCAGAGUCGAUCAGCAGAUAUUCAGGGGAAUCAGUGUUUCUGUCUUGUUUGGUCAAAUGUAGCGCUCGAUAUAAACCAGACAAGAUCAGAUGGAAAUUACCAAACAACAGAGAAAUAAACCAGACGACUAACUCAACUGAACUGAACCCACUCUAUCAGGGCAGAUUUCACAUGUUUGGUAAACAGACAGGAAAUUUCUCUCUGCUGAUUCCUAACCUGACAGAGAAAUAUGAAGGACUGUAUUCAUGCUGGAUUAAUGAGAGUCAACACAAGAGCUUCAAUCUCACUGUUAAAGGAUGCGCACUAUCGGAGACUGAGAGGGAACCUAAAACGAAGUACCCAGGUGAUUCUGUACUUCUGUCCUGCUCAUGCAAAGACCCAAAAUCCAAACCUGAGGCCUUCAGAUGGACCCAUUUAGACUCCAAUGUGACCGAGGUGUCCAAUGAAACUUUACGUUACAGAGCCAGAGUCCACAUGUUUAAUAAGACAACACCAUCAAAUCUCUCUCUGCUGAUAUCCAAUCUGACUGAAGAUGACCAGGGGAUUUACAGAUGCACAGUUAAUAACAAAACAUCCACUCGUACCAGCCUCACAGUUAAAGGCUGUGUUUUAUCCAAACAUCCAAACAUUACCAAGAACUCAUAUGCAGGAGAAUCCGUGACGCUUCCAUGUUCCUGUGAAGAUCCAAAAACCAAACCAAAACACGUUGAAUGGAAGCUUGCAGCUUUAAAUGAGACCCUGAUUUCAGAUUCUAAAGAUGUCAGCGGACGCUUCCAGAUCCUUAGAGAUUCUCCUCAUAAUCUCUCUUUACGGAUCUCAAACCUGACUGAGACUGAUGGAGGAUUAUAUGUUUGCACAGUCAAUGGAAAACAAUCCAGAAGCAUAAAUCUCACUGUUACAGGCUGUGUUUUAUCCGAACAUCCAAACACUAUCAUCUCAUAUGCAGGAGAAUCCGUGACGCUUCCAUGUUCCUGUGAAGAUCCAAAAACCAAACCAAAACACGUUGAAUGGAAGCGUGCAGCUUUAAAUGAGACCCUGGUUUCAGAUUCUAAAGAUGUCAGCGGACGCUUCCAGAUCCUUAGAGAUUCUCCUCAUAAUCUCUCUUUACGGAUCUCAAACCUGACUGAGACUGAUGGAGGAUUAUAUGUGUGUACAGUCAAUGGAAAACAAUCCAGACGCAUAAAUCUCACUGUUACAGAUUUCAGCAAAAGUCUUCUCAAAUACUCCCUGAUGUUUCUGAUCUGUCUGACGCUGCUGCUCCUGACUGGAUUCAUCUGCUGGAGAUAUGCACAGGCAAAAAAGGGAAGGAGAGGAACCCGAGUGACCCAGAGACCAGAUCAUCAGGAUGAUGUGACAUACUCCACUGUGAUGAAGAUUAACAGAGGAAAACCUGCAGAAAACCAACAACAGGAUGAUGUGACUUACUCAAGCAUCAAACACAUUAAAGAGGGAAAAAGGACUUGUAGAAAGGAGGAGGAGGUUGUUUAUUCUACUAUGGCAGACGUGAGCAAUGGCAGAUCUGCUCAGGAUGAUGUCACAUACUCAUCUGUAGUCUGCAGCAAAUUUCAGAAACCAAGAUCUCUACAGAUGAACACUGAGGAGGCCGUCGUCUACGCAAGUGUGCAAAAAGAUAAAACGUGACGCACUUACCAAAAACAAUAAUUUUCAUUCGGGUUAUUGUUUUAUAAUCAUUUCAAAGAGUUUGAUUGCUUUUACAUUAACAGAAUUUGCUUUUUACUGCAUUUAUCCUACUAGCUUAAUUUAGUGUCAUAAUUUACAGAUUGUAAAAAUUGACACUGUUUGAAUAAACUGUUACAUUUGAAACAGAAUUGAGCAAUCAUCUUACAAAGUGCAAAAAUUGAGCAAUCUUAUUUUUGCACUUUGUAAGAUGAUUGCUCAAUUCUGUUUCAUUCAGUUUAAUGUAUUUCUUCAUUUCUUUUCUUCGUUUUCAGUGACUGUAUGAGGCUACAUAUUAUAAAAAUAGUUUGGUUUCAAACCAUAUAAUUGCUCAAAUAAUUUGUGAAAUGUCAAUUUAUUGUAGUUUUCACAGCAAGUUCUGGUUUUAGCUUCUUGAAGAAACUUGUAGAAUUAUGAAAAAUAAACAGAAGAACAGAAAAAAAA